AUGGAUUUCUACCACUCCUUCAGUACCCCAUCGAUGCGUUCCGUUGUUAUGACGGCCAAAGCAGUCGGUGUGGAAUUAAAUAAGAAGUUCCUCAACACUCGCGAGAAGGAGCAACUAAAACCAGAAUUUGUGAAGAUCAAUCCUCAACACACUGUGCCCACUCUGGUGGACAAUGGCUUUGUUAUUUGGGAAUCGCGUGCCAUUAUCGCCUAUCUGGCGGAGAAGUACGACAAGCAAGGCACUCUCUAUCCCAAGGAUCCACAGCAAAAGGCUGUGGUGAACCAGCGUCUGUUCUUUGAUUUGGAAGUGUUGAACAAAGCCUUCUCCGACUACUACAUCACUCCAUUUAGAACCAACAAGCCAGCCGAUCCUGAAGACCUUAAAAAGGUCGAGAGUGGUUUUGAGACUCUAGACAAGUUCCUCGAUGGCCAGGAUUAUGUGGCAGGCAGUCAUCUUACCGUUGCCGAUAUUGCCAUUUUGGCUACUGUCUCCACAUUCGAUGUCUCCGAAUUUGAUGUCAGCAAAUACACAAAUGUGAACAAAUGGUACCAAAACGCCAAGAAGGUCACACCCGGCUGGGAGGAAAACUGGGAGGGUCUUGUGCAACUGAAGAAACUCCACAAUCUUGAAGCUAUUAACAUGGACUUUUACUACGUUCCUGGAUCAGCCCCUUGCCGCUCGGUCAUCAUGGUCGCCAAAGCCCUUGGACUUGAGCUGAACAAAAAGUUGGUAAAUCUUUUCGAGGGCGAGCAGCUGAAGCCCGAGUACGUUAAGAUCAAUCCCCAGCACACAGUCCCCACUUUGGUAGAUAACGGUUUCGCCCUAUGGGAGUCUCGUGCCAUUCUCGUCUAUCUGGUGGAAAAGUACGGCAAGGAUGAUACACUUUAUCCCAAGAAUCCCAAGGAGCAGGCACUGAUUAACCAGCGUCUGUACUUUGACAUGGGAACACUGUACCAGAGCUAUGUCGACUAUUAUUAUCCACAGUUUCGAUUCAACAAACCAGCCGAUCCAGAAGUCUUCAAGAAGGUGGAAGCCGCUUUCGAGUACCUAGAUACUUUCCUGGAGGCCCAGGAAUACGUGGCCGGUGGCCAACUGACUGUAGCCGAUAUUGCCAUUUUGGCAAGCGUUUCCACCUUUGACAUCUCUGAAUUUGAUCUUACCAAGUAUCACAAUGUGAGCAAAUGGUAUGCGAAUGCCCAAAAGGUGACACCUGGUUGGGAUGAGAACUGGGAAGGUCUCUUGCAAAUGAAGAAAAUGCUCGAAGCCAGAGAAGCAGCAGCCCAACAAAAUUCAAACUAGUCUUAAAGAACCUAUAACUAAUUAUUAAUUUAUUUAAUAAAAUAAAUUCAUGAACAACUGUUA